CCCCCGCAAAUCUGGAGGAAGCACAGCGCAAAGCAAGAGCAUAGAGAGAGAUGGGGAGGAAGAAGGGAGUGCCAGAGUUCGAAGAAACCGGGCCAGAUGACUUCGACCCGGCCAAUCCCUACAAAGACCCGGUUGCCAUGCUGGAAAUGAGGGAGCAUAUAGUUCGAGAGAAAUGGAUCGACAUAGAGAAGGCGAAGAUCCUACGAGACAAAGUCAGGUGGUGUUACCGCAUCGAAGGAGUCAACCAUCUCCAGAAGUGCCGCCACCUCGUUCGCCUGUACCUUGACGCCACCCGCGGCAUUGGUUGGGGCAAGGAUGGCCGCCACCCGUCCCUCCACGGUCCGAAGGUUGAGGAGGUUGAGUCAGAAUGAGUGGCUGCAUUCAGCUAAGGAAGGGACUGAGUUUGGCCUGCAGACGUGAGGGAUCUGAGUAACUGUUCAAUGAAAUGGCUGUUAUUCUUGUUUUUAUUGUAAGAGUGUUUAGAAUCCAAAAUCUUGCUAUCCAUAACCGUACAUCAGGUAAUGAAAUAAGUUUGUUGUCAUUUCCCUGUUUGAUUGCUGAUGUGAUAAGAGUUGGAAGACAAUACAUAUUUUUUCUGCUAUAUUUGAGAAUUUGAACUGUUGCAUCCUACUGCAAAAUGAGAUCUGAUGCGACCUUAAUAAGUCAACAGCUUUGAAUCUUAAGAUGCUCUCAACUUGUAGUUUGACCAAGUAUAGAUACAUGAUUGGCUAUUUAUAUAUACAUAAAUAUGCUUCGAGCUAUUGCGAUUA